AUGACUAGAGAAUGGCAAAUGUUCAAUGUGUUUUCAGAACUGUCCAAAAGAGACUCUACAGCGGUGGGUAAUUCACUGGUCCAUAAGCGGUCUCCUUUACGUCGAAGUCAUAAGGCAUCAGCAUCCUCACCCAAACUGUCGUUACGUGAUGGACAGAAAGCCAAAAAGCCACUGUGUAAAUUUGAAGAAGGUCAGGAUGUCCUAGCUAGAUGGUCAGAUGGCUUGUUUUAUCUUGGAACUAUCAAAAAGAUAAACAAACUGAAACAGAACUGCUUCAUUAUAUUUGAGGACAGUUCCAAGUCUUGGGUUCUCUGGAAGGACAUACAAACAGGAGCCACUGAAAGUGGGGAAAUGGUCUGUACAAUAUGUCAGGAGGAGUAUUCAGAAGCACCAAAUGAAAUGGUUAUAUGUGAUAAAUGUGGGCAAGGUUAUCAUCAGCUGUGUCACACACCAAAUAUUGAUUCCAGCGUGAUAGAUUCAGAUGAUAAAUGGCUCUGUCGACAGUGUGUUUUUGCGACAACGACGAAGAGGGGUGGUGCGCUUAAGAAAGGACCAAAUGCCAAAGCACUGCAAGUCAUGAAACAGACUUUACCAUAUAAUGCAACAGACCUUGAGUGGGAUGCGGGUCAUAAAACCAAUGUCCAGCAGUGUUACUGCUAUUGUGGAGGACCUGGAGACUGGUAUCUAAAGAUGUUGCAGUGCUGCAAAUGUAAGCAGUGGUUCCAUGAGGCUUGUGUGCAGUGCCUCCAAAAGCCAAUGCUUUUUGGUGACAGGUUUUAUACAUUCAUUUGCUCAGUUUGCAGUUCUGGACCAGAAUACCUCAAACGUUUACCCUUGAGAUGGGUAGAUAUAGCACAUCUAUGCCUUUACAACCUAAGUGUUAUUCAUAAGAAGAAAUACUUUGAUUCGGAGCUUGAACUCAUGGCAUACAUAAAUGAGAACUGGGAUAGAUUACAUCCUGGUGAAGUAAGUAGUUGGAAUGGUCUUUCUUCCUCACUUUUCACUGUGCAUGUGUUGGGGACCUCUGAACUGUUUUAUGUAGGAAUAUUAAAUUUAUUACCUUAACAUCUGGUAACUCCAAAUGAUAGAGAUGAUCUUCAAUUUCUUUGCAGAAUUAAAAUAUUUAAGUUGUGUAUAUUUUUCUGCUCUGUAAAACUUCAUUUUAUUGUUUGCAUGGCAACUUUAUUUUUUAACUCAACUAUUGAUUCUGUAGCGUAUAUAUUUUGUUUUUAUUUUUAAUUGUCUCAUAGUUGCUUGAAUAUUUUCAUGUAUGCAGACUAGUAAACCUAUGCAUAUAACUGAAUGCAGAGUGUAUUUAGUAUGUAAAUAUCAAUACUCUAAGGUAAUACAUUAGAAAUCACUGUACACAAACAUUUCCUCUUUCCUCCCUGUUCCAAGCAUGAGUGUAAGCAGUUUGUCUAUUGGUCUUAAGGAUUUUGACUUUUUUCCAACCGUUUGGGCUGUUAUCAGGAAAAUAUGUAGGAAAUCCAUUUCCCCUAGCAAAUUGACUUCAUGUUUAAUGUUGAGGAAUGAUGUAGGUAGUCUUUUGGUUCUGCAUUUAAGGUUGAAUGCAGAGAUUUUUGUUGAAGUGACAUUGACAUACUGCAAGUGGAGUGUGUGCUUUUUUCUUGCAUAAGUGUUCAAGGUUUUGAAACUUUUAAACGUAGGUGGUAUUUAAAUAGUUGGAACUUCUCCUAAUGUAUUUCCUACUUCUGUAUUUAUUUUCAGUAAAUUAAUCCGUUCAUUCUAGCAGAUACAACAUGAGAAUGAAAUGUGUUCUUGGUUUAGAUGAUUGACAUGCACUAUUACUUUUGAUAAUGAAAAAUACUUUAUAAUACGUAUGUUCAGAGAUUGUGAGUGGCCUGUGUGGAGAAAUCCACAAAUAUUUAUUUUUGGCUAGUUAAGGUGGGAGGAGAGAAAAAUCCAAAAUGAGAAAGCGCGCCUGCCUAAGUGGUACUUGGAAUUCCUUAAGCAAUAUUUCUGUACCUCAAGGAAACUGCUUUUUUUUUUCUAAUCAGGCUACUUGGUUUUUGUUUUUCAGGUUUGUGGGGUUUUUGUUUUGUUUUGUUUUUUUGAAGGGCUAUAUUUUGAGUAAGCAAAUAAAUGCUGUGUUGAGGAAAUGUUCAAGGUUAUUUAUUCUGAUAAGUUUCUAAAUGUCUUAUGACACUGGGGAAAGUUGUGUCUUAAAAAAAUAAAGGCAAGUAUAUUUUUACCUUUUCUGAUAAUCUGUCGUCUUUGAACAGAAACUAGUCACAGAAUAACAUACAAUACUAAUAGUUUGAGUUUUCUAGUAAUCUUCGCUGGCUGCUAUGAGGCAUAGUACAUCUUUCUCUAGAUGGUUAGAAUUGAAUAAGUGUUGGUGGAAUUGAAUUACUAAGAUAGGAGUAAAUGGUGGAAUUAUUACAAUUCUUAAGCCCAUAUAUUUUUAUCAUGUUACCACUUGUGAUGCAAUAAAAAAUCUUGUAGGCUUCUGUGGCUGUGUGCUGAAGAAUUGCAAAACUUGUGCAUAGUAACGGAUUGUGUGAAAAUAUAUGAAAAGAUACCUUAAAACAGCUGUUACUUCACAAAAGUUGGUCAGAUUUCUCUUAACUUUGGCAGUCAAGUGGUUUUACUGAAUCUUGCAAUGUUAAAAGCUGGGCUCUUUUUUGAGUAUGUAUUGAGAUUUUAGAAAUUGUUAAAUGUGUUAGCUUUCUUGUUUAAGGAGAAUUGUAUUAUUUGCAAGUAUCUGAGGGCUUUCUCUUGAGCUGCAGUUGUACAGUUUGCUCUGUAGUAUUCUUAUUAAUCUUCGUGCUUUGUGAGCUGUAGAGCUGUUGGCCAGCUCUAUAAUUAAAGAUCAGUUGGCUGCAGAUCCACCUGGGUAUAAAUUCUGGAGCAUUUUUGCGUAGUAACUGGAAAUAUGGUAGCUACACUACUGUAUUUAAAAAUACUCUAAAUUCUAAUAUAUAAAUGUUGUGUCCACCUCUUGAAAGUCAUCAGUGCAGACAGAAAUGGGAAUUAAACCUUUGAGCAAGAUUUCAUUAAAGCAAUCACCAAUAAAACAACUGAAGUUCUUGUACUCUUCUUGCAGUCUUUUACUUUGGGUGUACUUAAUGCUACUGAGGUACUCAUGUUAGUGAUCCUGGGAAGGCAGACUAUGGUCCUUCUUGUUUACUAAAACAGUUUGAAAUGAUUUUCUGGUACUACAUAAACAGAAAACCUAGGUUCUUUGACCAGGGCUUGUCCCUAAUGUAAAUUCUGUGAAUGUGAAUCACAGAACAUAUGGAGAUUUGAAAACAAACAAAACAAAACAAAACAAAACAAAAC